AUGGCGGCGGGGUUUGCUAGCAUUGCUGGAAGUGUGUUCGGGAUGCUGACCAGCUUUGGGGCUCCACCUAAUCACCUUCUUGCUGCCUCCAUCAUGUCGGCUCCUGCUGCAUUGGCUAUGUCCAAACUAAUGGUUCCUGAGACGCGCUGGUCCAAGAUUAAACCCCAGGAUGCCUACACUAUCCAAACCAGCAAGUUCCGAAACGUGCUGGAGGCGUUGUCAGUGGGAGCUUUUGAUGGCAUCGCGCUUGUGGCCACAAUCGUGGUCAACCAGAUCAUCUUCAUCGCCGCCAUAGAGUUCAUUGAUACGGCCUUGAUGUGGUUCGGAGGCAGGGUUGGUUUCGAGGGCGUCUCAUUUACGACUUUUUGUUCAUACCUCUUUUACCCACUCACCUACCUCAUGGGUUUCUCGAGUUCGGAUAUGUUCAAGAUGGGAGAACUUCUAGGGAUCAAGAUAUUCGCAAAUUCAUUUGUGGGAUUUCGUGAGUUUGGUAAAUUGGUGCUGAACCGUGUGGAUCUGGAGGAGUAUGUGACGUCAUCAAACGGAAGCUGGCACUGGGAGGGAGCUGACAUCAUUCUGGAUUCGACCAAUAAAACUCUGUAUGGAGGCAUUCUCACAGUGAGUAUAUCUUGA